UAGGACCGCAGGUGGCGAGGCUCGGGUGCGGGCGCGUGGCCAGAGGCCUUGCGAGGUUGCGCUGCGCUCGCGGAGCCGUGCUGUCCCCCCGUUCGUACUCAGUGCGCUGCUCCACGGCAAACUCCGCGCGCUGCGUGCUCGGGGCCGCGCCAGCCCGGGUGGCCGCGUGCAGGGCGCAGGGAAGUGAGCCCAGCAGGGAAGAUGGAGCUGGCCACGCGCUCCCAGAUCCCCAAAGAAGUAGCUGACAUCUUCAAUGCCCCCAGUGACGAUGAAGAGUUUGUGGGUUUCCAGGAUGAUGUUCCCAUGGAAAACCUGUCAGAGAGCUGUGGUAGUUUGGACUCGCUGGAGUUGGAGAAACAGGUACGGAAUGUGUGUUUGCAUUCCAAGUACUUCACAGAAGAACUUAGAAGGAUUUUCAAAGAGGACACAGACUCGGACAAUGAAGAUUUCGAAGGAUUUACGGAGAGUGAGCUGAACAUAGGCAGUAACCCAGAGCUCAUAGAGUCAGAGCUGAGCGACAGCGACAAAACACAUCCUAUGAUGAGUGACGAGGAGGACGAUGAUGAUGAAGAGGAGGCUGCACCUAGAAGAGGCCGCCAGUCCACGAGAAGCAGUUUUGGCCUCCGGGUAGCCUUUCAGUUCCCCACCAAAAAAACGGCAAAAACACCAGAUAAAAAUAGCCCGCACUUGCAGGGCAGUAAGACGGAUCUUAGAAGAGAGAAGAGCUGCAGGCAGCCCAAGGAAAAGGAAGACUCUGCUUCUGACGCUGAGGACGAGUCCAGGGCUGAGAGCCAGGAGACUUCAGAUGCUCUGCUGAAAAGGGCCAUGAACAUCAAAGAGAACAAGGCCAUGCUCGCUCAGUUGUUGGCGGAAUUGAAUUCAGUACCAGAUCUCUUCCCCGUGAGGACACCACCCUCAGCUUCUAGGAGGAGAACACCGCGACGGGCCUUCUCAGAGGGACAGGUCACACGGCGCGUGAACCCAACCCGGAGCGCACGGCCCCCAGAAAAGUUUGCUCUGGAAAACUUCGCCUUCUCAGCCACCAAUCUUACCGAAGAGCUUUACAGUUUCAGAAGAAGAAAGACAAUCAGUGGGGGGAAAUGCCAGAAAUAUAGAAGGCACCGGAUAUCUUCUUUCCGCUCAGUGAAAGACAUCACCGAGGAAGAGUUGGAAAAUGUCGCCAUAACUGUGCGAGAUAAAGUCUAUGAUAAAGUGCUUGGUAACACGUGCCAUCAAUGCCGGCAGAAGACCAUCGACACCAAGACGGUCUGUCGGAACCAGGGCUGUGGCGGUGUGCGGGGCCAGUUCUGUGGGCCGUGCCUGCGGAAUCGCUAUGGGGAGGAUGUGCGGACAGCAUUGCUGGAUCCGAAGUGGACGUGUCCUCCCUGCCGUGGGAUCUGCAAUUGCAGUUACUGCCGGAGACGAGAUGGCCGCUGUGCCACUGGGAUUCUCAUUCAUCUGGCCAAGUUCUACGGUUAUGAUAAUGUCAAGGAGUACCUGGAGAGCUUACAGAAGCAGCUGUAGAAGAUCGUCGUGAGGAGAGGGAUCGCUCCAACAUCACAGGCGGAGUCUCACAAGACAGGUCGGCUCUUUGUGCUGGCCUUGGACGCUUGUUUUCUAGAAUUUACUAGUUUUAA